AUGUCACAUUUUUCAGUGAAUAAUAUUUCAUAUGACAGCAAUGGCAUUGAUACCCCCAUUGUAUCCGACCCCAAAGUGCCAAUUUACGACAAUAGAGAGAUAGGGAAAACGAGCGAUAUAGAGAAUGCUGUGGGCCAACUCGAUGAGAUUCACGAAUUCAAACAGGGCCUCCAUCAGCGACACAUCCAAAUGAUUGCUCUCGCCGGCACUGUGGGGACGGGUAUUUUUCUCAGUUCGGGCCGAGCCAUUGUGGAAGCUGGACCAUUGGGUGCUUUCUUGGCAUAUACAAUUAUUGGUGCGACUGUUUCAAGUGUCGUCUUUGGAGUUGGUGAGAUGGGAGCCCUAGUGCCUCUCAAUGGUGGUGUUAUUCGAUAUGCAGAGAUCUUCUGUGAUCCCGCGCUAGCGUUCGCUAACGGAUGGAAUCAAGUAUAUUCCUACAUUGUGUCGAUUCCGUCUGAAAUUGUCGCUGCGGCAGUUAUCAUUGAAUUCUGGGUUACGGUAAACAAUGCGAUAUGGAUCACCGUGCUUGGUUUCCUCAUGCUUUCAACUGCAUUUGUCUUUGUUCGCGUAUAUGGAGAGCUUGAGUUUGGAUUUUCUAUCCUCAAGAUCAUGCUCAUUAUAGGCAUCAAUGUAAUGGCUCUGGUGAUUACUUGUGGCGGAGCCCCGAAUAAAUCGGCCAUCGGAUUCGCCUACUGGAAAGCUCCUUAUGGGCCUUUUGUCCAGUACUUGGGGGUGAGCGGCUCUCUUGGUCGGUUUUUAGGAUUUUGGAAAACUUUCGAUAACGCUCUCUUCGCUUACUCUGGCAUUGAAAACUUCACUCUCGCUGCAGCCGAGACUCGAAACCCUCGUCAUGCUAUCCCCAUGGCCGCCAGACGUAUCUUCAUCCGCAUUUUGCUCUUCUACGUAAUCACAAUCUUCAUGGUCGGUCUAAUUGUCUCAUCUGCGGAUUCAAAUCUUCUGGGCUCGUCGGGAACAGCCUCACAGUCCCCUUUUGUUAUCGCAGCCCACCAUGCUGGCAUCAAGGUGGUUCCAUCGAUUAUCAAUGCUGUUGUUCUCACCUCAGCAUGGUCCUCUGGAAACAGCAAUAUCUUGGGUGGUUCUCGAAUCCUGUACGGUAUGGCAACCCAGGGUCAUGCACCUGCUGUUUUCAAACGUAUCAACCGCUUCGGUAUCCCUUAUGUCGCUGUCGCGCUCUAUGGCAUUUUUAUGGCUCUUGGAUACAUGACUAUCUCCAGCUCAGCCAGUACGGCAUUUACAUGGCUACAAAACCUCGUCUCCAUCUCGACUCUAGUGAACUUGAUCUGCAUCUGUAUUGUCUAUCUUAGAUUCUAUUAUGGAUGCAAGACGCAGGGAAUUGACCGCCACAAGGAGCUCCCGUGGGCAUCACCUUUCCAGCCAUACAUAACUUGGAUCUCGUUGUUCGUGUAUAUUGUUCUUUUCUUCACCGGUGGGUUUACGACAUUUAUGCGUGGUCAUUGGAGUACUGAAACCUUCGUGUCGACAUAUUUCAACCUGCCCUUUAUCGUGAUUGUGUAUCUUGCCUACAAAUUCUGUGCAGGGACGAGGAUCAUCCCGCUGGCCGAACUUCCAAUUCGGCCUUUCAUCGAAAGCUGGUACAAGAAUCCCGAGCCGGAGCCCAGGCCGAAGCGCGGCCUUAGGAAGCUCAAUAUUUUGUGGUCAUAA